CCCGCCUAGAGAAACCUGUCUCAUUUCAAAGCCAGUUUUCCAUUGUUUUUCCGCCAUAAAGGGCUUUUGCAGCGCAAAGGCCAAACUAAACUCAAACCCUUCUCUUUCCGACCAUGGCUUCCUCCGCGGAAGCUCCCACUACUAUGGGCGCAGUUACAUCACCCGAAGAAAAUACGGAUAAGGAACCUGAACCAUUGUCCGUGAAGGUAGACGAAACGGUUGUCACAGUGGUUCAAGAAACCCUAGCUUCUGAUGAAGCAAUGAUAGACUCGAAAGGUCAGGGAGGGGUGGAAUCUUCCGGCACCUUCGCCGGAGAUUCUUCUACCUCGGCUGAUAACGGCACUGAGAAAACUUUAGAACAUGCUGCCGAGCUUAUGGAGAAAGGAUCAAAGGCCCUAAAAGAGAGCGAUUACACUGAAGCGGCUGAAUGUUUCAGCCGUGCUGUGGAGAUCAGGGUUGCACACUACGGUGAACUUGCUCCAGAAUGUGCUGUUGCCUACUAUAAAUAUGGAUGUGCCCUGCUGUACAAAGCCCAAGAAGAAGCUGAUCCUUUGGGUACAAUGCCCAAGAAGGAGGUUAAUUCUCAACAAAAUUCUAGUGGACAUGAAACUACUAUGAAAGCAAAUGAUGGGGAAUGUUCCAUCACUUCUGCUGUAAGUGAGGGCAAACAAGCUGAGGCUUCAAUUUUCAAUGGGGAAGAACAAGUCAAUGGUGCUGGUGAUGACGAUCAGGUUGAAGAGGGUGAUGGGGAGAGUGAAGAUGAGGACCUGGCUGAAGUCGAUGAAGAUGAAUCUGACCUUGAUCUAGCAUGGAAGAUGCUGGAUAUUGCAAGGGCAAUUGUUGAAAGGCAUCCUGGUGACACAAUGGAAAAAGUGGACAUAUUGUCAGCUUUGGCAGAGGUUGCUUUAGAAAGAGAGGACAUUGAGACUUCUAUAAGUGACUAUCUUAAAGCACUUUCCAUCCUGGAAUGCCUGGUUGAACCAGACAGUCGACAAAUUGCUGAACUAAAUUUCAGGAUAUGCUUGUGUCUGGAGGUUGGGUCGAAGGCUCAAGAAGCCAUUCCAUAUUGUCAGAGGGCCUUAUCAAUUUGCAAGGCUCAGGUGGGAAGACUCAUCAAUGAAGUUAAUGAACUAAAGAGAAAAACAUGCUCGGGAGAGGCGAUGGAUGUUGCUGACCCCUGUCAGAAGAACCAACAAUCAUUUGCUGGGUCUCAAGCUGAACCUUCAGUCUCAGAGAAGGAAUCUGAGAUUGGGACACUGAAGGAACUCUCCAGCGAGUUGGAAAGGAAGCUUGAAGACCUCCAACAGCUUGUCUUAACCCCGUCAUCUAUCUUUUCUGAAGUCCUUAAAAUGGUUUCUGCGAAAGCAACCGGCAACCAGAAGUGUGCACCUUCAACAGCAUUGAGCUCUUCGCAGAUGGGUACUGUCCAGGAGAGUGUGGGCUUUGACUCUCCAACUGUUUCAACAGGUCAUACAAAGGAGACUGUGAGUGUCACUCAUCUUGGUGUGGUAGGAAGAGGCAUUAAACGGCCGUUAACGAACCCAGGCAGUACUGAACCCAGCCCGUUGAAGAAGCCCUUGCAGGAUUCGUCAGAAGGGAAAAGUGGUGUAGACCCCAUCCCAGUGGAGAAGAAUACACUGGAAUCCUCAGGAGAGAAAAGUGAUGCCAGCAUCUCUUGAAGGCAUAUGCAGUUCAGCAGCACCGACAAUUUGUUGCAUUUGUCAAGUUGACCAAGCUGGUAUGAAAACUAAUAGCAACUCGUGUUGUAUGGAAGUUUCCUAGUGGUGGCUUGGAGGUGCCCCUUUUGCAAGCUAGUUUUCUAGGACUAAUAGCUGACUGGAGAAUUUCAUUACAACAUUACUUUUGGCUUUAGUGUGGUAAUCAAUCAGACCUUUUUUUUUUUAUGUGGCUCUGUUUGUUUCGACAUAAAAUUCCUAGGAAGUAAAAAUAUAGUGAGGAAAAUAUGUUACUUAUAAUAUAUUUUUCAUUUUUGGGGAUCAGA